CAGGCUGGGUGAGGGCCUUGGGCAGGGUGAGGGUCCGGGCUGGGUGAGGGUCCAGCGGCAUCUGAUCUUUCACCUCCCGGCUCAGGUCCUGUUUCUCCUUCAUCUUCCACUUCCUUUCCAAACUCUGAGCUGUACCUGGUUGGAAUUAUGCUCACACGUCCUGUCACACAUCUUGUGACGUGUCCUGGUGUCACACAUCCUGCCACAUGUGCUGUCCCACAUCCUGUCCUGUCUUGCCACUAUCUGCUGUCCCACGUCCUGCUCCCGUGUCCUGUCACACAUCCUGUCCCAUGUCCUGCUGUCUCGUGUGCUGUCCCACAUCCUGUCCUAUGUCUUGUCACAUGUCCUGCUGUCUCGUGUGCUGUCCCACAUCCUGUCCUAUGUCUUGUCACAUGUCCUGCUGUCUCGUGUGCUGUCCCACAUCCUGUCCUAUGUCUUGUCACAUGUCCUGCUGUCUCGUGUGCUGUCCCACAUCCUGUCCUAUGUCUUGUCACAUGUCCUGCUGUCUCGUGUGCUGUCCCACAUCCUGUCCUAUGUCUUGUCACAUGUCCUGCUGUCUCGUGUGCUGUCCCACAUCCUGUCCUAUGUCUUGUCACAUGUCCUGCUGUCUCGUGUCCUGUGUCCUGCACUCAUCCUGUCACAACCCUACUGUUGUGUCCUGUGUCCUGUCACAUCCUAUCACCCGUCCUGCUCCCGUGUCCUGUCACACAUCCUGUCACUGUCCUGCUGUCUUGUGUUCUGUCCUAUGUUGUGUCCCAUGUCCUGCUGUCUUGUGUCCUGUCCCAUGUCCUGUCACACAUCCUGUCACCGUCCUGCUGUCCCAUGUUCUGUCCCACGUCUUGCUGUCUUGUGUUGUCCCGUGUCCUGCCACACAUCCUGUCCCGUGUCCUGCUGUCCCAUGCCCUGUCACACAUCCUGUCACCAUCCUGCUAUCCCGUGUCCUGUCACACAUCCUGUCACUGUCCUGCUGUCUUGUGUUGUCCCGUGUCCUGCCACACAUCCUGUCCCAUGUCCCGCUGUCCCGUGUCCUGUCACACAUCCUGUCACCGUCCUGCUGUCCCGUGUCCUGUCACACAUCCUGUCACCAUCCUGCUAUCCCGUGUCCUGUCAUACAUUCUAUCCCAUGUCCUGCUGUCCCGUGUCCUGUCACACAUCCUGUCACCAUCCUAUCCCGUGUCCCGUCAUACACCCUGUCCCAUGUCCUGCUGUCCCGUGUCCUGUCACACAUCCUGUCACCGCCCUGCUGUCCCGUGUCCUGUCACACAUCCUGUCCCAUGUCCUGUCACACAUCCUGUCACCGCCCUGCUGUCCCGUGUCCUGUCACACAUCCUGUCCCGUGUCCUGUCACACACCCUGUCACCAUCCUAUCCCGUGUCCCAUCAUACACCCUGUCCCAUGUCCUGCUGUCCCGUGCCCUGUCCCAUGUCCUGCUGUCCCGUGUCCUGUCACACAUCCUGUCACCAUCCUGCUGUCCCGUGUCCUGUCACACAUCCUGUCACCAUCCUGCUAUCCCGUGUCCUGUCACACAUCCUGUCACCAUCCUGCUAUCCCGUGUCCUGUCACACAUCCUGUCACGUCCUGCUGUCCCAUGUCCUGUCCCACAUCCUGUCACCAUCCUAUCCCGUGUCCUGUCACCGCCCUGCUGUCCCGUGCCCUGUCCCGUGUCCUGUCCCGUGCCCUGUCACAGAUACUGUCACCAUCCUGCUAUCCCGUGUCCUGUCACACAUCCUGUCACCAUCCUAUCCCGUGUCCCGUCAUACACCCUGUCCCAUGUCCUGCUGCCCGUGUCCUGUCACACAUCCUGUCACCACCCUGCUGUCCCGUGUCCUGUCACACAUCCUGUCACCAUCCUGCUAUCCCGUGUCCUGUCAUACACCCUGUCCCAUGUCCUGCUGUCCCGUGUCCUGUCACACAUCCUGUCACCGCCCUGCUGUCCCGUGUCCUGUCACACAUCCUGUCCCACAUCCUGUCCCAUGUCCUGUCCCACAUCCUGUCACGUCCUGCUGUCCCAUGUCCUGUCCCACAUCCUGUCACCAUCCUAUCCCGUGUCCUGUCCCACAUCCUGUCACCAUCCUAUCCCGUGCCCUGUCCCACAUCCUGUCACCCGCCCUGCUAUCCCGUGUCCUGUCCCGUGCACUGUCCCGUGUCCUGUCCCGUGCCCUGUCCCACAUCCUGUCACCAUCCUAUCCCGUGUCCUGCUGUCACCCUGCCCCGCUCUCACCACGUCUGGGGGCAGCUUCCCUCCGAGUGCUGCUGGCCUGGUCUUUCCAAGCAGCCCGCAGGGGCAGCGAUGCUGCCACCCCAUGGCACAGGUGAGCCCCUGAGGCUCAGUGUGCGCCUGGCCCAUGUGGGGAGAGCCUGUUCGCAGCACCCCGGCCCCUGCUGGGGCAGUGACCGACACAGUGUCCCCAGGCUGCUGGCCCGGGGGCUGAGGCGGGCAGGGCCUUGAGCCCCAUCCCGUGUCCGUGCCGGCCGCCUCCGUGCCCUCCCCAAUUCACCUGUACCGGGCUCCCUGCCGCACCAGUAGCCCCCUGCCCUGGGCAGCGUGGGGCUGCAGGGCCCUGACCCACCGCUGGC